AUGUGGAGGAAAUGGGACGCUAUCCCUAUGACAAAGUCAUUUUCCAUCCAGGGCAUAAUUGUGAUUCGUGCCACUUCCUCAAGCCGGCAAGAAGCAAGCAUUGUCGGUUCUGCAAAGCAUGCGUUUCUCGACACGACCACCAUUGUGUUUAUGCUGAUCUACGGCUCAUACCUUGGCUACGGUCUUCUUUCUCAAACUUACGAGGAACUUCUACCAACCGACUCCCCUUGGCGACCAACACAGCAAAGCUGGGUAGCGUUUCUGAAUAUUUGGUCCGUGGUAAUCGCGACCGACCUUCACAUCGGGGCCAUCAGCUUGUUAAUGCUGAUGACCGCUCCGCUGGCCAUGGCCUUUCUUGUAUACCACACAUACCUCAUUUGGGCUGGCAUGACGACGAACGAGAGCGCCAAGUGGUCGGACUGGAAGGAGGACGUUGCUGAUGGGAUGGUAUUCCGAUCUACUAAGGCAGAAAUCUACGAUCGCUCACCCUUACUGCGUGAAUAUCAAAGCCCGCCAACAUGCUGGCCGGUCAGUAGCGACCAGGUCAUAGUCUUCACCGAUGGGGAAGCACCCAGAGAGGGGUGUGUUUUAUCACACAAUUCCAACGAUAUUCGACAGCCACACAACUUCCAGAUAGUGGCUCUCGAUCAACGAUGGGUGCCUGUGCGCAGUAUGAGAGAAAUCGACAAUAUUUACGAUCUAGGCUUCUGGGACAAUCUGCGUCACGUUUUCAAUUUUCCCACGAGGCGUAAAAAGGUCUGUUAG